UUUCGUUUCAUCCGAUCAAGCAACUUUAUUUGUUUUGAAAAGUUUAGGAAUCAACCACAAGGAAAUCGUCAUAGCUUACAAGUCACAUGAGUACAUUGAAGAGAAGAAAAGACGGUGAUGAGGAACCGUCUUCUGACUCAAUGGCUACGGGAGUUCAUCGUGGAUUAGUUGAAGAUGAUACAGAAGACGAUAGAGAUGAUGAAGUAAGAGAUAUUCGAGAAGGUCAUCAUAUUCAUUCACAUCAUAUUUUAUAUUCGGAUGGUAAAGGUUUAACUCCUAUAACUUCACGAAGUUCUGGAGCUGGUGAUUCUAGUGUUGGUAGUAUUAGUAUUACUGGAGAAUCCAAAAGAUUGAAACGGAAAUUACUUGAAACAAGAAGAGUAUUCUUUGUAUUAGGUAUCGUACUUGGAUUAUUGUUAACCAUUAUCUUUUCUACAUGGAGGAAUCCUCAUCUCAUUGGUGAGUUGGACAAAUUGGUAAAUAUGGAUUAUCCUGCCAUAUUUGAAGAUUGGAAAGAUUGGAAAGAUAUAUUACCUGUGAGUUUCCAAUCCAUGUUGAGUCAAGCACAAUUGCAACAAAAUGAUGAACAUUUACAUGGAUCUGCCGAAUCUUUCUCAGUGGGGAAGAGAUUGGCAGCAACUGAGAAUUUAUCUAAUAAACAUAAUGUUGUACUUGUUCCGGGUGUCAUUUCAACCGGUAUAGAAUCAUGGGGCGUAUCAUCAGAUGGUGAUUGUCCCUCUGUAAAUCAUUUCCGGAAAAGACUCUGGGGUUCCUUUUAUAUGUUAAGAACUAUGAUACUUGAUAAAACUUGUUGGCUAAGACAUAUUAUGCUAGAUCCAGAUACUGGAUUAGAUCCUCCCAAUAUAAAGCUAAGAGCAGCCCAAGGAUUUGAAGCAGCCGAUUUCUUCUUAGCUGGAUAUUGGAUUUGGAAUAAAAUCUUACAAAAUUUGGCUGUUAUUGGAUAUGGUCCCAAUAAUAUGAUAAGUGCAUCUUAUGAUUGGAGAUUAGCCUAUUUGGAUUUAGAAAAACGGGAUGGAUAUUUCUCGAAAUUGAAAUCUCAAAUUGAAAUUGCUGAAGCAUUAAAUGGUCAAAAGUCCAUCUUAGUGGGUCAUUCCAUGGGUACUCAAGUUAUUUAUUACUUUAUGCAGUGGGUUGAAGCUGAAGGUGAAAAUUAUGGAAAUGGUGGUCCCACAUGGGUUAAUGAUCAUAUUGAAGCAUUUGUGGAUAUUAGUGGAUCAUCAUUGGGGACUCCUAAAACUAUACCAGCUUUAAUAUCUGGAGAAAUGAAAGAUACAGUUCAAUUGAAUGCUUUGGCUGUUUAUGGACUAGAGCAAUUUUUCAGUAGACGUGAAAGAGUCGAUAUGUUAAGAACAUUUGGUGGAGUCGCAAGUAUGUUACCUAAGGGUGGAGAUAUAAUUUGGGGGAAUUUAACUCAUGCUCCAGACGAUCCAACGAAUUCUUUACAUGAAAAAGAUCCAUCAUUUGAAAUAGAAGGUACCAAGAAAGAUAGUUUUGGAGCAUUUAUAAGAUAUAAAUCUCUUGAUAAUUCAUCCAGAAGAAAUUUCACCAUCCAACAAAGUAUUGAUAAUUUAUUAGAACAGUCUCCUGCUUGGUAUUCCAAUAGAGUAAAAGAACAAUAUUCAUAUGGAAUUGCUUAUACUCAAGAAGAAUUACAAGAGAAUAAAAAACAUCAUCUGAAAUGGUCCAAUCCUUUGGAAGCACCACUUCCUUUUGCUCCUGAUAUGAAAAUAUAUUGUUUCUAUGGAGUAGGGAAACCUACAGAAAGAGCCUACAAUUAUGUACAAGCUGAAAAUUCUACUCGUUUACAAAUGACUAUAGAUUCAGAACUGGAAAUGCCAGUUUUCUUAGGUGAUGGAGAUGGUACUGUCAGUUUACUUACUCACACUAUGUGUCAUGAAUGGAAGAAAGGUUCAGCUUCAAGAUUUAAUCCUGCUGGUUCACCAGUUACUAUUGUUGAAAUUAAACAUGAACCCGAUAGAUUUGAUAUUAGAGGUGGAGCUAAAACAGCUGAUCAUGUUGAUAUUCUUGGUAGUGCUGAAUUAAAUGAACUUGUUCUUAAAGUGGCUGGUGGCAAAGGUGAUACCAUUGAAGAUAGAUAUGUAAGUGAUUUAAAGGAUAUUGCUGCCUCUAUGAAGAUUUAGAUUAAUUUGCUCUGUUACAUAGUGUUUAGAUUAGAUUGUAUGAUAU